CGGGCCGGGCCGGGCCGGGCGGGCGGUGCCGGGGCGGCGGCGGGGCCGGGGGCGGCCGGGGCACAGCGGCGGGGCCCGGGCAGCCCGGGGCAGCGGCCGCCGCCAUGAAGAAGCAGUUCAACCGCAUGAAGCAGCUGGCCAACCAGACCGUGGGCAGGGCUGAGAGGACAGAGGUGCUCAGUGAAGACCUGUUGCAGAUCGAGAGGCGGCUGGACGCGGUGAGGUCGGUGUGCCACCUGGCCCAGAAGAGGCUGAUCGCCUGUCUGCAGGGCCAGCAUGGCACAGACCCCGACAAGAGACACAAAAAACUUCCUCUAACAGCUCUGGCUCAAAAUAUGCAAGAAGGAUCCAUCCAGCUGAGUGAUGAAACUCUGCUGGGGAAGAUGCUGGAUACCUGUGGGGAUGCAGAGAAUAAACUGGCAAUGGAGCUCUCCCAGCAUGAAGUACAGAUUGAGAGGGAAGUUAUCGACCCACUGUGCCUGCUGACAGAGACAGAGAUCCCCAACAUUCAGAAGCAGAGGAAGCAGCUUGCAAAGCUGGUGCUGGACUGGGACUCUGCAAGGGGAAGAUACAACCAAGCCCACAAAACUUCAGGAACAAAUUUCCAAGUGCAUCCUUCAAAAGUAGAAUCUCUUAAGGAAGAGAUGGAUGAAGCUGGGAAUAAAGUAGAGCAGUGCAAGGAUCAGCUGGCUGCAGACAUGUACAGCUUCGUGUCCAAGGAGGGGGACUACGCCCGCUGCUUCGUCACGUUAUUAGAAGCACAAGCAGAUUACCAUAGAAAAGCAUUAGCAGUCAUAGAAAAGGUCCUACCCGAAAUUCAAGCCCAUCAAGACAAAUGGACUGAAAAGCCAGCUUUUGGAACUCCCCUGGAAGAGCAUCUCAAGCGCAGCGGGCGGGAGAUCGCGGUGCCCAUCGAAGCCUGUGUCAUGAUGCUGCUGGAGACAGGGAUGAGAGAGGAGGGCUUGUUCAGAAUUGCUGCUGGAGCCUCCAAGUUAAAAAAGCUGAAAGCUGCCCUGGACUGUUCCACUUCCCAGCUUGAUGAGUUUUACUCAGAUCCCCACGCUGUUGCAGGUGCCUUGAAAUCCUAUUUACGGGAGCUGCCAGAGCCUCUCAUGACCUACAGCCUGUACGAGGAGUGGACACAAGCUGCAAAUAUUCAGGACCAGGAUAAGAAGCUCCAGGAGUUAUGGAGGAUUUGUAACAGAUUACCUGAGCAUUACCGUGUUAACUUCAGGUAUUUAAUCAAAUUUUUAGCCAAGCUUGCCCAGAACAGCGACGUUAACAAAAUGACACCGAGCAACAUCGCCAUAGUCUUGGGCCCCAACUUGUUGUGGGCAAAGAAUGAAGGAUCCCUUGCUGAAAUGGCAGCAGCCACUUCAGUGCAUGUGGUGGCAGUAAUUGAGCCCAUUAUUCAGCAUGCAGACUGGUUCUUCCCUGGAGACGAGGAUUUCAACGUGUCUGGGGCGUUUGUGGCAGUUCCUGCUGUGAAUUCCAAUCACUUGUCACACACUGGGAACGAUUAUGAAUGUGGGACCCUGGAGAGGAAGAGGCCUCUGAGCAUGACUGUGAUGGAGGGGGAUUUGCUGAAGAAGGAAAGCUUUGGUGUGAAGGUGCUGGAGUUCCCCGCGGCCCCGCGGCGAUGUGGCACUGUAAACAGAAAGCUCACAUCGCCCGCCUUCCAGCCGCCGCUGCCGCCCUGCGAGCCCGCGGCGGCCGAGCCGCCCUGCCCGCCCGCGGGCGCCGAGCCCGGCCCCGGGGCUGGCCCCGCUCCCUCUGCUGCCCCAGCAGAACAGCCCCAGGCUCCAGGCCCUGAGGAUGCCAGCCCCUCCAAGGCCAAGGAGAGCCCGAGCUCAGGCACUCCCCCGCCGGUGCGCAGCGGCCAGGCCGGCCCCGGCGCGGGGCAGGCGGCGCCCGGCGCCCCCCAGCUCUCUGUCAGCCAGCCCCAGAGCGCCGCUGGGCCCAGCCCACACGCCCUCAGGAGAGCCGUGAAGAAGCCGGCGCCAGCUCCCCCCAAACCAGCCAACCCCCCCCCGGGGCAGCCAGGAAGCCAAAGCUCUUCCCCAGCUGCUCAGCCACCUUCUGUCUCCCCAAAACCACCAGCCAGAAGCUCUUCUCCUCCCGCUCAACACGCGAACCAAGCGGCAGCCCCGACCUCGUCCCCGUCGCAGGUUUCCGCACCUCGCAGAUACUCCAGCAGCCUGUCCCCGCUGCAGGCUCCCAGCCACCCUCCCCCGCAGCCCCCCACACAGGCAACCCCUCCCCUGCAGCCCCGGGCUGGCAGCCAGGCGUCCCCGUGUGAGCCGGGGGCAGAGCAGCCCCUGCCGCAGACCCCCACCCCUCCCGACACGCCGCCGCUGGGGAAGCGCCCGGGCAGCACCGCGGCCGAGCCCUGCCAGGCGCCCCAGGGCGGCACCCUGCCCCGGCCCCGGCCCGUGCCCAAGCCCAGGAACAGACCCAGCGUGCCCCCCCCGCCUCACCCGCCCUCGCAGCCGCCCGCAGACCCCGCACAGACGGCGUCCAGAAUAGUCACAGACUCUAAUUCCAGUAUUCCAGAACCACUUCCAAAGCCUCCUCCCGAGCUUCCUGCAGAGCCGGCGGGCAGAGAGCUGCACAACCACCUCCUGCUGGACAUUGACAAUGACACGGAGAGCACCGCGCUGUGACCAGCGCCGCCCGCCCCGGCCUCCUCCCGGGGGGAAAACCUCCGGCCUAACAGGGAAAAGCUUCUUCUGGCAGCGUGGCACAGCUGUGCAGGGCUGGCACUGGAGCCUCUGGGGACAGCCACCUCCAGGGUGCCUGAGGGUGGAGAGGACCUCUCAGAAAAUCGAGCCCGGCCUUUGGCCGAGCUCCGGCUUCGCGCUCAGAAGAAGUUGAAUGAUCUGGGUCUGGACAACGGUUUUCAAACUCUUAGAUGGAAGGAAUGGAUUCCUGCAGGAACUCGCCUAGGAAGCGUGGUCAGUGCUGAUACAGGUGGUAUUAGCAGAAAUUCCAAAAGAAUAAGAAGCAGAACAUUAGUUAUUUAAAGUGCAUGUCUGUAUUAGGGAAAUAAUCCUUCUCACGGCACGGUUAGAGGUUGUUGUAGUUCUUAGCCCGUACCAGGAGCUGCCUCCCAAGGACAUUCCCUCCCAGAUUUGCUGCAGAUUCCCCUCAAGCCAUGAACCAAACUCCUGCCCCAGUGCUGGUGGUGACUGCUGGUUCUCAGUCACCCUGUGGAACUGUGGAUGCAUCCAGUGCCUUGAAGGACUGUCGUGCUGGAGGAGGAACUUCUGUCUCUUUAAUCAUUUCAUUGCUACUUAGGAGCAGUACUUACCCUGAUUUCAUAGUUAUUUGUAUUAACCUGCUUUGUUCAUGUGCAACUGGCAACUGUUUCACGAGGAAACCGUGGAAAUGGGGUUUGUGCUUUUGUUGAAAACGGUUGAAUUUUGAAAGAACUUUGAAACAGCUGUUUGGAUUCAGCAGUUGAGUGAACAUUUAUAAAAUUAAAGAUUGGUUUUUGUCAA